UUUAUAACUUUCUAUUUUCUUUUUGAAUUAUUCAGUUUCUCUUAGUUAUUUUGCUAAAAUGUCGCAAAAUAAAAUUGAACGAAUAUCAAAGGAAGUAGCAGAACGAUUGACAACCGCCCAGGUUGUUGUCAGCUUGUCAAGUGCAAUUCGGCAGUUAAUCGACAAUUCAAUCGAUGCUGGUUCGACAAUUAUCGAUAUCCGCGUAAAGAAUAAUGGUUUUGAAAGUAUAGAAGUUCAGGAUAACGGCUCCGGAAUUGAAGCAAGAAACUUUGACGCACUCUGUAAACCACAUUCUACAUCGAAACUCACACAAUUUUCCGAUUUUGAUAAAUUAGCUACAUUGGGAUUCAGAGGAGAAGCUUUAAAUGCUCUCUGUACUGUAAGCUCAGUCAGUAUCUUCACACGUGCAUCAGACACUGAAAUUGGCACUCGACUCACUUACGAUCAUUCUGGAAAUAUCAUUUGCCGUCAAUCUGCUGCUAGAGAACUUGGAACUACGAUUAUUGUGAAUAAACUUUUUGAGACUCUUCCUGUGCGUCGAAAAGAGCUGGAAAGAAGUCAAAAAAGAGAAUUCGUUAAAUUAUUAAGCACUGUUCAAUCGUUUGCUCUCCUCUGCCCUCACAUUAAAAUACUUUGCACAAAUAAUAUCAAUGGAAAGAAAACCAAUCUAAUUUGCACUCCAGGAGGAACUACAUCAAUUCAAGACGUCGUUGCAAAUUUGUUUGGUAUCGCCCGCAAGAUUGAAAAUUCGAAAAUAGGGUCAGGACUGAUUCCUAUUCAACAAAACCAGCCAGAUGUAGAGAUUAUGACAAUCCACUCGGUUCCAAUGGAGGAAAUGCAUUUUUUCGACCUUUUCAAGAUUCGUGGUUUUGUUAGUAGCUGUGAACAUGGAUGCGGUCGUGGAACAUCUGAUCGUCAAUUUGUUUAUAUCAACAAUAGGCCUGUGGAAUAUUCAAGAGUCUGCAGUGUUAUCAACGAUGUUUAUAAGCAAUUCAACAAAAAACAAUACCCGAUCAUUGUUCUCUUCAUCGAUGUUCCACCCGAAAAAAUCGACGUUAAUGUAACACCCGAUAAGAAAACAGUUAUGUUGGAGAAAGAACGGCAUUUGCUUGCAGUGGUUCGAGCAUCAAUGAUGAAGACUUAUUUGAAAAUUGUUGGAUCACACUCGACAGUGAGAAGUAGUGUAGAAGAUCGAAGAAUUAUGAAUCUUUCUCAACAAAGUUUUUCCAAUGCAAGUUUCAUGUCUUCAAAAUCGUCGACUCCAGAUGAUUUUAAUAACACGACUCUGAAUUCCACGUAUCCUGAAGAUUCCCUACUCAAUACUUCUGAUCUUCUGAAACAACGGAAAGAAAACAGAUCACCACCAGCGAAAAAGUCAUGUCCGAUGAUCAGAAGGACUGAACCAUUUCAUAGUGUUCCUUCCACUUCAAACUCGAGAACACAGCGCCUGGAAAAUUUCUCAUUUACGAUGGAACCAAAAAGAGUAGAAGUUUCCAAAAAGAUCCCUUCGAAAUCAGACAAGAAGCUCACUGAUGAAGAAUUGAGAAGUGCUGUGAUUGAAGAAAAUCCACUGAAAAAAGCUGGAGAGAUCGAUGACAUUGAAAUUCUUGAGCAAUCACAAGAAUCACAAGAUGUAAAUGAAUCACAAUGUUCACAGGAUUCUCAAACUUCUCAAAAUUCUAGAGUAUCAUAUUUUACGCUGCGACCUCAACAGAAAAUAAAAUUCUCUAUGAAGUUGCUCCGUGAAGCAUACUCGCCGAAAACUGAUGAAACAGACGAUAACACAGAAGAAGCUGAAGUAUCUGCUGAAAAGGAUGUAUUGAAUGAAAUAACAACAAAAAUCAAUAAAGAAGAGAAUGAUGAUGCCGAGAGACAAUUAUCCAGAUCAUUGACAAAAGACGAUUUUUCAAAAAUGAAAAUCAUUGGUCAAUUCAACCACGGAUUCAUCAUUUGCCGCCUACGUGGUCAUCUAUUCAUCGUUGAUCAGCAUGCCAGCGACGAAAAAUAUAAUUUUGAACGUCUUCAGAGCAGUGCUAAACUCACUAAACAGCCACUUUUCAUGCCAACUGCGCUUGGUUUUGGAGCUGUACAAGAGUUGAUCAUUCGUGAGAAUUUGCCCAUUUUCCACGCAAAUGGUUUCGAUUUCGAAUUCAGCGAAAAUGAUGGAUGCAUUAAAACAUUUUUGACUGCAAGGCCCGAGCUUCUAAAUCAACAACUCACGAAUAGUGAUCUCGAAGAAAUUCUGGCAGUGGUAUCACAAUAUCCUAAUCAGAUGUACCGUCCAGUUCGUAUUCGUAAAAUUUUUGCGUCCAAAGCAUGCAGAAAAUCCGUAAUGAUUGGAAAACCAUUGAAUCAACGUGAAAUGACACAAAUUAUUCGUCAUCUGGCGAAGCUAGAUCAACCAUGGAACUGUCCGCAUGGAAGACCCACAAUUCGUCACUUGGCAUCUUUACCUGAUCGAGCCGAAUUUGAAUAACUUGCUGUAUCAUGCUAUUUACAUUUUUAAAUCUCAUUUCACACAAAAAUUAUCCCGGUUUAAAUAAAAACUUUUCAGCACUUUU